AUGAGCAAUCCCUUUGACAUUGAUCCAGAGCAAGUCAAGUUACCACACAAGGCUUAUACGCCAUCACUAAAAUUUUGUUCCAAAUCCGUUGAAGAAACGGCGACAGAGCUAGCCACUGAUCUAAAGCUAGGGUUGAGCAGCAAUCAAGAUGUGUUGAAUCGCAGAUCGAUAUAUGGGUCAAACGAAUUGAAUAGUGAGGAUGACGACAGUUUAGUAUGGAAGUUUAUUUCAUCGUUUUAUCAAGAUCCAUUGAUAUUGUUGUUGAUUGGGUCGGCAAUUAUUAGUUUCUGGAUGGGUAAUAGAGAUGAUGCCAUUAGUAUUACUUUGGCAAUCACGAUUGUCGUCACCGUGGGGUUUGUUCAAGAGUAUAGAUCUGAGAAAUCUUUGGAGGCGUUGAAUAAAUUGGUGCCAGCUGAGGCCAAAUUAACGAGAAAUGGCAACACAUCGCAUGUUUUGGCAUCAACUGUUGUUCCAGGAGAUUUGGUCCAUUUUUCACAAGGUGAUAGAAUACCAGCAGAUAUAAGAUUAACCGAAGCUGUGUACUUGACUAUCGACGAGAGUAACUUGACAGGAGAAAACAGACCAGUGAAAAAGACCACCGAUGAAGUGACGAUGAAGGAACCGCCUGUGAAUGAGAGGACCGAUAUUGCGUUCAUGGGCACUUUGGUCAGAGAUGGACAUGGAAGUGGUAUAGUUGUUGGUGUAGGAGCCCAAACUGUAUUUGGUACCGUUUUCGAAAUGAUGAGUGAAAUUGAAAAACCAAAAACGCCGUUGCAACAAGCAAUGGAUAAAUUAGGUAAAGAGUUGAGUAUCUUUAGUUUUAUUGUCAUUGGGUUGAUUUGUCUUAUUGGAAUUUUCCAAGGUAGGUCCUGGCUAGAUAUGUUUCAGAUUUCAGUUUCCUUGGCCGUGGCGGCUAUCCCUGAAGGUCUACCUAUUAUAGUCACAGUGACAUUGGCGUUGGGAGUGUUGCGGAUGGCAAAACAAAAAGCCAUAGUAAAGAGAUUACCCAGUGUUGAGACUUUGGGAUCGGUUAAUGUAAUUUGUUCAGAUAAAACAGGGACUUUGACUCAGAACCAUAUGACAGUGACCAAAAUCUGGACUGCUGAUUUCAAAGGCAGUUUCAACACUCCAUUUCUCGUUGUUGAAAGGCUCGACGAUAAUGCCUUACACCACCAAUUGACAGACAACAUGAGAAAAGUUUUGGAGUGUGGUAACAUAUGUAACAAUGCUCGAUAUUCCACUGAAAAUGAGAAGUACGUGGGUAAUCCUAGUGACAUUGCUUUGGUUGAAUGUUUGCCUCAUUUCGGACUCGAGGAUAUACGAGGACAAAGGGAGAGGGUGUACGAGUUGCCCUUCUCUUCUUCAAAGAAAUACAUGGCUGUUUGCGUGCACAGUGGUGAUAUGGAUAAAUCAGAGACGUUGGCAAAGGGAGCUACUGAAAAGAUUUUAGCGCACUGUAGUAAAUACUACGACGAAAAUGGUCAAGAAAAACCGCUAACCAGUGCGGUGCAGGACCUCAUUCACGACAAAUCCAAACUAUUGGCUCAUGAUGGUUUGAGAGUUUUGGCAUUUGCUCAAAACAACAAGAAGUUUCUCAAUGAAAAGGAUCAACACAGUGAGCCUGAGGAAUUGAUAUUUUGUGGGUUGAUUGGUAUGAAGGACCCACCUAGACCCAAUGUCGGCAAAUCCAUCUCGAUGUUGAUGAAAGGUGGUGUUCAUGUUAUCAUGAUUACUGGGGAUUCUCCUUCGACUGCGGUGAACAUUGCCAAACAAAUUGGCAUGCCCAUCACUGGAGACCAUUCAGUGAUGACUGGAGACCAAAUAGACCAGCUUAAAGAAGGUACAUUGAGUGAAGCCAUUCAUAAUGUGUCUGUUUUUGCAAGGACCACACCCGAACAUAAGGUCAAGAUUGUUAAGGCAUUGCAGCGCAGGGGCGAUAUUGUUGCCAUGACUGGAGAUGGUGUAAACGAUGCACCGGCGUUGAAAUUGGCCGAUAUUGGUAUUGCUAUGGGUAAGAAUGGGACUGAUGUUGCCAAGGAGGCGGCAGAUAUGGUGUUGACUGAUGAUGAUUUCAGUACUAUAUUGAGUGCCAUUGAAGAAGGUAAAGGGAUAUUCAACAAUAUUCAAAAUUUCAUUACAUUCCAAUUGAGUACCAGUAUUGCUGCCUUGACUCUUGUUGCAUUGAGUACAUUUUUUGGAUUGCCUAAUCCAUUAAAUGCCAUGCAAAUUCUCUGGAUCAAUAUAUUGAUGGAUGGACCACCAGCCCAAUCCUUGGGAGUUGAGCCAGUUGACCAUGAAGUUAUGAAUAAGCCUCCCAGAAAGCGUAAUGACAAGAUCCUCACCACUCAUUUGAUCAAGCGGGUACUACAAUCAGCAGCCAUCAUCAUUAUUGGCACGUUGUACAUUUUUGUCAAGGAGAUGGAGGAUGGGCAAAUCACAUCUAGGGACACCACAAUGACCUUCACGUGCUUUGUGUUGUUUGACAUGUUUAAUGCGUUAUCAUGUCGUCAUUAUUCCAAAUCGAUAUUCACCAUGGGGUUGAGUAAUCAAAUGUUUAAUUUUGCCGUGUUGGGAUCAUUGGCUGGGCAGCUAUGUGCCGUUUACGUGCCGUUUUUCCAAGGCAUUUUCCAAACCGAAGCAUUGUCGUUGGGGGAUAUCGUGCAUUUGUUGAUGUUGACGAGCACGGUGUUUAUUGCUGAUGAAGUGAGAAAGUAUUUCGUUAGGCGGAGGACAAUAACUACUAAUAAUUACAAUUAUGGGGUAUAG